UCAAAACCAAUACCUUACCUAGAACCCACCUCUGCCACCCAGAUCCAAAUCCAAUACAAAAUAAGAGUCGUUUGACCCUACCCAUUACUCCAUCAGUGAAAGACUUCGGUGAUGUUUCAGUUCAAGUCUUCUCUUUCCGUCGUCUCCUUCUCUCUCCUCUCCAAUAUUUCCAUUUCUUCUUGAACCCCUCUUUCUCUCUAUCUGUGUACAAUUUCUUUUCCAGUGAUUGUGCGUUUGGAGCAGAACUCUGAUCACCAAUCAAUCACUUUCCGAUGGCGUUGAGCACCCAAGUUAGAGCCUCCACUGGUUCUGAUUUCCCAUGGAAAUACGACGUGUUUUUGAGCUUUAGAGGCGAAGACACCCGAAAGGGCUUCACAGACCACUUAUACGACAAGUUGCAGUGGAGAGGAAUCAGGACUUUCAGGGACGACCCAGAACUUGAAAGAGGCACUGCCAUCUCUCCGGAGCUCCUCACUGCAAUCGAGCAAUCCAGGUUUGCGAUCGUUGUUCUUUCGCCAAACUACGCUUCUUCCACGUGGUGCUUGCUUGAACUCUCUAGGAUUUUUGAAUGCAUGGAAGAGAGGGGGGCAAUUCUUCCAAUCUUUUAUGAGGUGGAGCCGUCUCAUGUGAGACAUCAAAGGGGCAGCUUUGCUGAAGCGUUCGAUGAACAUGAAGAGAAGUUUGGGGAAGAUAGUAAGGAGGUGGAAGGGUGGAGAGAUGCUUUAAGCAAAGUAGCCAAUCUCGCUGGGUGGACUUCAAAGGAUUAUAGGUACGAAACAGAGCUUAUGAAAGAGAUUGUGCAAGCACUGUGGAGCAAAGUGCAUCCUACUUUAACCAUAUUUGAUUCCACAGAGAAGUUAGUUGGAAUAGAUGCUAAGUUUGAGGAAAUAGAUGUUCUUUUAGAUAAUAAAGCAAAUGAUGUUCGCUUUAUAGGGAUAUGGGGGAUGGGUGGGGUGGGUAAGACCACCCUUGCUAGAGUGGUGUAUGAGAAAAUUUCUCAUCAGUUUGAAGUUUGCAUCUUUCUUGCUAAUGUCAGAGAGGUUUCUGCAACACUCGGUCUAGUUCGUCUACAGAAACAAAUUCUUUCCCGAAUCUUGAAGGAAGAAAAUGUUCAAGUAUGGGAUGUUUAUGAUGGAAUGACUAGGACAAAGAGAUGUGUAUGUAAUAAAGCGGUUCUUCUAGUUCUUGACGAUGUGGAUCAAUCAGAGCAACUAGAAAACUUGGUGGGAGAAAAAGACUGGUUUGGUAUAAGGAGUAGAAUCAUCAUUACAACCAGAAAUCGACAUGUACUAGUCACACAUGGUAUAGAAAAACCAUAUGAGGUGAGGGGAUUAAACAAAGAUGAAGCCCUUCAGCUUUUUAGUUGGAAAGCCUUUAGGAAAUAUGAGCCAGAAGAAGAUUAUGCAGAACGCUCGAAGAGUUUCGUUAGCUAUGCUAAAGGUCUUCCCUUAGCACUUAAAACUUUGGGGUCUUUCUUGUAUAAAAGAAGUCCAGAUGCAUGGAGUUCUGCCUUGAAAAGACUACGGAAUACUCCCAACAGAACAGUUUUUGAUUUGCUAAAAGUAAGUUAUGAUGGACUUGAUGAGAUGGAGAAGAAGAUUUUUCUGGACAUAGCAUGUUUUUCAUUGCAAUGUCAAGCCAAGUUUAUUAUUGAACUACUAUACAGUUCUGACGUUUGCACUCGUAUUGCAAUAGAUGUUCUUGCUGAGAAAUGUCUCUUAACUAUUUCAUCACACAAUGAAAUAGGUAUACAUGAUUUGAUAAAAGAAAUGGGAUGUGAAAUUGUUCGACAAGAGUGUUAUGAAGAGCCUGGUGGACGCAGUCGGUUGGGGCUUCGCAAAGACAUUUUUCAUGUAUUCACAAAGAAUACGGCAACAGAAGCGAUUGAAGGCAUAUUCUUACACUUGCAUGAUUUAGAAGAGGCAGACUGGAAUCUUGAAGCCUUAUGUAAAAUGCGUAAACUGAAGCUGCUCUACAUUCAUAAUUUGAGGCUUUCUCUUGGCCCCAAAUAUCUUCCUAAUUCCUUGAGAUUUCUGAAUUGGAGUUGGUAUCCUUCAAAAUCUCUACCACCAGGUUUUCAGCCGGAUGAACUUACAGAACUUAGAUUGGUUCAUAGCAACGUUGAUCACCUCUGGAAUGGAAUAAAAUACUUGGGUAAGUUGAAAUCUAUCGAUCUUAGUCACUCCAUAAACUUGACAAGGACCCCAGAUUUCACAGGUAUUCAAAACCUUGAGAGGUUGGUUCUUGAAGGUUGUACGAAUUUAGUUAAGAUUCAUCCAUCCAUUGCAUUGCUCAAGAGACUCAAAAUUUGGAAUUUUAGAUACUGCAAAAGUAUCAAGAAUCUACCAAGUGAAGUAAAAAUGGAAUUUCUUGAAACUUUUGAUGUAACUGGCUGCUCAAAACUGAAAAUGAUUCCAGAAUUUGCGGGGGAAAUGAAAAGAUUUUCAAAGCUUUCUUUAAGUGGGACUGCUCUUGAGAAACUGCCUUCAUCAAUUGAGCGCUUCAGUGAGAGUUUGGAGGAGCUUGAUUUGAGUGGAAUUGUUACAAGAGAGCUGCCAUACUCCAUUUUUCUUAUGCAGAAUCUCAGAGUAUCAUCUUUUGGCUUAUUUCCAAGAAAGAGUCCUCACCCUUUGAUUCCUUUGUUAGCUUCUUUGAAGCAUUUGUCUUCAUUGACGACAUUAAAUCUUAAUGACUGUAAUCUCAGUGAAGGAGAAAUUCCCAAUGAUAUUGGUUCUCUGUCCUCCUUAGAGAGAUUGAAACUCAGAGGAAACAAUUUUGUUAGCCUUCCAGCGAGCAUUCAUUUGCUUUCUAAGCUUCAUGAGAUUAACGUGGAGAAUUGUAAAAGGCUCCAACAAUUGCCAGACCUUCCAUUAAACAACUGUUUACAAGUAAGAACCAACAAUUGUACUUCCUUACAAGUGUUACCAGUUCCAUCAGAUUUGUGCAAAUUAUGGAGAUUUUCACUCAGUAUCACCAAUUGCCCCGACAUUGAUGGCAAUCAAGGUUCUAGUCAUUUCUUAUAUUCAAUGCUAAAGCGUUGGCUUGAGGAAACCCCUAAUGGUUGUACGUACGACAUUCAUAUUACUGGAAGUGAAAUUCCCGACUGGUUCAGUAAUCAAAAUGUGGGAAACUCCAUAACUGAAAUUGUUGAACGUAAUAGCAAGUGGAUUGGGAUUGUUGUAUGUUCUUUAAAUGCCCCUCUAUUCAAUCCGUCUGAAGAUCUUGCACCUUUUGACCAUUUCUCUUGUCACUGGAACGAAGAUGGCCCUGGCAUUUACGACGGUUACGGUUACGGCAGUAGGCCAACCAACCAAAUUACGUCGGAUCACCUUUGGUUACUUUUUUGGUCUAGGCAUACAUGGGAUUAUCUGGGGGACAAUCGCAAUGAGGUUAAGUUUACUAUCAAAGCCUAUUCAGCUAUAGGAUACCACCGUUUCAGGGAGGUGGAGAGGAAGGUGAAGAAAUGUGGGGCCCGUGCACUGUACGAGCACGACAUGGAAGAGAUCAUCAGCAAAAUGAACCAAUCCAACGACAACAUUUCUAUUUCCGAGGCUACCCGUUCUGAUUGCGCAUAUGAAAGUGGUGGCAUUGGUAACAGAACAAACAAGGCAGCAACGAGCAGAAGUGGUGGCUCCGAUGAAGAAUAUUACUCUGCAGAAGAAUGAAAGAACUAUAAAAACAGGGCCUUUCUUUGUGCUUGAUAUAAUCAGGCAGUGCUAAUACUGCUAUUCUCAGUGUUCAAGACAAGGGAAGAGAAUGGGGCUUUUGGAGAGAUGCAUGGCAAGAAAAAGGUCGGCCGGUAGUGGGCAAACUCUUGGAAAAGGUCGCUACUUAACUAUUGCUUGCCUUCCCGUGGAAGCUACACAUGAAGAUCUGCAAAGACUCGGGACGGGUUUCAGUUUCUAUGUACCAAAGCAGGGGAAAAAAGUUGUCAUGGCAGCUUUGGACUGUAAUAUUUCCUAUUGAAGCUUCCCUGUAGGCGCUAUGGUUGCUAGACAGAAGGAUUGUAGACAUGAGACAUGUUUAGUUGGGAGGUAUCUAGUUUUCUUGAUUGGUUUCUGACUUUCUGUUUUAGUAGCAAGUCCAGAAAUUGUAUAGGGAGGAGACAUUUUUUCUUGUUUUAUGUUUAUUUACUUAACCAAUUGGUUCAUCAAAACUUUUGUUCAUGGGAUUUUAUACUACACUAAUCCGCUAAGGCAUGCAUACUGAGCUAGAAUUUGUGUGGUUUUGUCCAAAUUGAUUCUCUUAUUUAAGGUCUGUGAUGAAAAUGACAUCCACCAA